AUGACAUGCCAACUCCACCCCCUCGAGAUUAAUCCUAAGACUGGGGAACCAUUCCUCCGGCUUCCAGCACCACACCAGAGCAUCAUUCUCACCCCACCUCGACAGGGUAGAUCAGAACACGCGGACUUUUGGAUCCAGUUUGUAAAAGAGGAAUCAGAUGCUACUUUGGAAUAUCUACGGAAGAGCGCUGGUGAUUUCCCUAAUGGUCCGCUUCAAUUCGUGGGUGCAAGCCCUGUGCGGCAUAUUAGGGAAGUCAAAGAGGAUGGGACGGACGUUCUUAUAGGAGAUGUGAAUUUCAGAAGAAGUCCAUUCGAGGAGGUAUUAGAUGAAGUAGAACGGAAGCGACUGCAGGAAGAUAAUGCAAAGAAGCAAGCGGGGGACCCGACGAUCCAGUAUGCUAUUGGAGACUGGCUUGCUGCGAGCCACCACGGAAGGGGCAUCAUGACUGCAGCAAUUGGUCUCUUGAUGACCGCGUGGGGGAUCCCUAGGAUGGGAGUUCGCCAUGUUGUAGCGUACACUUUUGCUGGGAAUAUUGGUAGCAACCGAGUUUUUGAGAAGAACGGCUUCGCGAACAGAGGGCUGUUCGACAACGGGAAAACGGUCAGAGGAGAGAAGAAGGUGAUGACCCUUCUUGAGUGGAAACUGGACGAGAACAAGAUAUGAUUUAGUGAUCACGUGCAAUUAAACCCUAUCUUACUAUGCGUCUGACUCCAACACC